UGAACUGACUCUCUUCAGCUGGCCCCAGAAGAUGGGAAUAAUGUCUUUGAUCAUGUGGAGUUUCUUGCUGUCAGCAGCUCUGAUGUUCUUUCAGCCUCAGGUCUCAUCUCAAUCCUGUAAACGGUAUAUUUUCAUAGCCAACUUCAACUCUUCUUAUGUGAGAACUACUUCGUGCAACUUCAGCUCCUACACAGACAACCAGAGUCUGGCUUUUCCCCAGAUCAUGAAUCAGUGUUUCAGGAAUUUGUCAGAACUGGGAAUCUGCUUCAUUGGAAUAUCCAACUACAGCUAUAAUGUGAUGAAACCUAAAGAGGAAUAUAAAAUCUGUUUGGAUGAUGUUUCUGGACUUACUCUGCGAUUUAUACAAAAUUCUUCUACACUACUGCCAUCAAAAACCUUCACUAAUGCAGGUUAUCCGCAGUUCAAAAAUUUCACACUUCUCUGCAAUGAAGCCUCUUAUGACCAGCAACAAUGUGCAGGAAGAAAUAGCAACUAUAUUGUUCAUGUUCAACAAAAUCUAACUAUAGUUUGCUGGAAGUGCAUUCCCCCAACUCCAUCCAGUUCAUCACCUGACAGUAGCAAGAGAAAGAUUUCGGAAGCAGUACAGUUCAUGGGCAAACUCUCAUUAAUUGCAAAAUCAAUGAGUACAAGUAGUUUACCAAUUACACAAGGAAAGGCUACAGGCCUAAUUCAAAAACAAGACAAAGAUGCAAAUGUCAAGAUAGGAUGUACUCAAAAUCAGAAAAUGGAGACUUUGAAUGCCACUUUGCAGGAGACAGAACUGCUAUGGUCCGUAACAAUUCCAGCAGAAGCAUUUAAUAUGGCACAUUCUAAAUUGAAUGACACCCCGUUUGUAGGAGUUGUGCUGUUUCCUGACCUUGAUACGAGUGGCGUGAGUGUUUUGAAAAAUGAGAUUUUUGGAAUAUCAAUGGGCGUCAAUAUCACAAAUCUCAUUAACACCAUAGACAUCUGCUUCAGGCUUGAGCAAAAGAAUAACAGUAUUAUGACCUGUAAUUCUUGGGAUGGUGCAGAAUUUGAUGAAAAAAUGAAACCCAAAUGGACCACAUCUGGCUGUGACACAAACAUUACUGACAAGACAAUAAAAUGCAGUUGCACUCACCUGACCUUCUUUGCAAUAUUGAUGGCACCACCAGGCCAAGCCAUUUCAGAGGGAGAUGUAACAUCACUAACCUAUAUCACCAGCAUUGGUUGUGGCUUGUCCACAUUCUUCCUUCUCGUAGGCCUGUUCAUUCACUUUGUGAUGUGGCGUUCCAAAUCCAGGCUAGGCACAACAAUAUUGAUGAAUCUGUUUGUGGCUUUGUGCCUCCUAAACAUAACCUUCUUGUCCAACCAGCAAGUAACAAACACGAAUAACAAUGCGGCGUGCAUCAUCAUAGCAGCAGUGAUGCACUUCUCCAUGCUGGCCACGUUCUCUUGGUUUUUCAUUCAAGGACUUCACUUCUACCUGAACCUCAAUGCAAUCAACAUGAGGACCAGAAAGUACAAACUAGCAUUCAUUGCCUUGGGAUGGGUAUUUCCAGCUUUGGUUGUCAUUGUGAUUGCAGCUUCUGGGAACUACACACAUCUGACUAAUGUACAAAUGUGCUGGAACAAAAAUAUAUACAUUCAUUAUAUAGUGAAUGUUGGCUACUAUGCGCUGGUUUUCAUCUUUACAUUAAUAAUCUUUAUAAUGGUCAUCCAAAAGAUUACUCAAGCAAGAUUUAUGAAAGACAACGCUGUCAAAAAAGCAUCAAAAAAAAUUGCAGCAAUCUUUAGUCUUACUGUUCUGCUGGGUCUGACUUGGGGUGUGGCCUUCUUCAGCUAUGGAGCUAUGGCUAUUGCAUCUUACUACAUCUUUAGCAUUCUCAAUUCUUUCCAAGGUUUCUUCCUGUUUCUCUACUACUACUACUUUCGAAACGAUGACAUGGAGCUCAAUCAAUCUGCAUCAGGCACGACUCUGUCAUUGCAAAAACCGACCAACGUUAGUUCCACAAUGACAUCAGGACCUGAAACUGAGACGGAAUACGACUAAGAUUAACUAAGAGUCCGACUGGUGACUCCGACUGUGUAAAAAUGAUGGACAAAAACAAAAACUAAACAUAAAACAGGCACACACGCAUAAGCGGUGUUUUCUGCAACAAAUUUUACUUUAUAAGUGGCAAAAUCUGGGACAGCAUGUGUUUAACAAAGUAUGCUGUCAUUAUAUUCACUACUGAAAUAGACUAGUUUCUGUAGUUGCAACUGUGGUUGAGCUUACAUGCAGAAUACUACACACUUUAGAAUGACUUUAUUCUGAAUAAAGAUUUUGCAUGGAUUAUUUAUGUAGUAUGUAAAGUUAAGUUAUGGGGUUUAUUCCAUGAAGGUAAUUAUUAGGUAAUCAUAAGGUAAUUAUAUAAGGUAAUCUGAUUUAUAAGAACUUGGUUUCUAAUUUUUAAUUUUAGUUUUUAGGAUUUCACGUCAGCUGUUGAGGAUAACAGAGACCCAUGAAUGAUCUAUGAAUGCAAUAUAUGUACUAUCUACCUUUGUAAUAUUAGUUUGUUCAGGCCUUACAAAAACGUCACACAUAUUACGCAUGUCUAAAAACCAAGUAAACACACAUGAAUGGUGUGUGAUGACAUGCGACAUAAAAACAUACAUGUGAUUUUUUUCAUUUCAUUCAUUUGUUUCCACAUGAAUAUUUUUUUCACAUUGAAUCAGUUUCACAUAAUCACAUGUUUUUCACAUGUGAGCAUGUUGUCGCAGGUGAACACAUUUUUUCAUGGGAAUCAUAUUGCCUCCCAUGUUAUCCUGCUUUUUUCAUGUGAACACAUUUUCACAUGGGAUAACAUUUUUCCAUAUAAUGAUGUUUUUUUUUUUCACAUGUGAACAUGUUUGUAUGAUGACCUGCUUCUUUUACACGUGAACACGUUUUCACAUGUGAUCACACUCUUUUUUGCAUGCAAAAACCACUUGUUUGUUAACAGGUGAAAUCCAUGUGUUUUGUCUGUAAGGGAAGUUUUAAAGCAGCACAAGAGGGCAGUGUGAGCCUUCUGGAAAAGUAAUAAACUGUGCUGAUGACUAAAGACCCACAGUCUAUAUACACUCCUGAAAUGGUUUUGGAGCGCAGCUAGAGAAGAAACACCUUAAAGCACCUUUUAACUGGAUGAUAAGACACUGAAAGAUUCUUAAGUGAACCAAAACCAGUUCUUCCAAGCCUUCACUCCAAAAAACCCUUUGGCACCUUCAUGUUUAAGAAUGUAAGCAGGGGGUUUACUAUGGACCCUUUGAGUGCACUAUGGACCCUUUGUCCUGUACAUGUGUCAUUUCUGUAAAUACUUAGCAUUCAUGACUACUGUCUCAGACAUUUCAAGCAACUAGUCUCACUCAUGACUAACCAGUUACAAUCCACAAUAUAGUCAUGAUUCAUAGUGACAAAUAAGCCCCUUCUAUCCAAGCUGUGCUGAAUGAGUAAUACAUUACUGUCAACAUAUUACCAUGUGGUUUCAACCUGCAGUCUCUGCUUUAUUGUCAUUUCCUGCAAUGUUCAUUAAAGACAUACGCUAUGCGGCCCUAAUCUCUCUCACAUACACUCAUUCUCUAACACAUACCACACUUUCCACAGAGAUGGAGGGGCCAGAGCGCUUGCGUGUCCACAAGUAAUUGCCCCCAGAGUCAGCUGAGGGUCAUGCCCACAGGCACUGUGUCUUAACAGGCUCCUUAGAAGAUGAUCUCAUGGCUACCUGUGGUGCUGCGAUGCCUGAGGGAAAUCCUCCAAAAUCGCGCUCCUUUCUCAAACAUCCAGCCAAAGAAGGCCAGCAGCAGAUAACAGACUCUAAGUGUCGAGACAGACUGAUUAGAAAUGAUAAUACUAUGUAUAUUUGAAAUGUUAGACCACACUUUCUAAUAUUAUGCAUUUAUGCAAUUAAAUAUGCAAAAUACAUAACUAAUAUUUUUUGUUUUAUACUGUUGUAAAAUAUGUAAUGUAAAAUACAUGCACAAUAUGAAAGUAAUUGUGUAGAAUGACCGUUAUGUUACUUGGCAACCAUAGCACACUGAUAGCAAACUAUAUUGGUUAGUGGAAGAAACAUUUAUUGUGAUUAUAAUAUAUGUAACAAUAAAAUACUCGAACAUAA